AUUCAUGCAGACAUUCAUGAUCCCCCGACACUAUUUUCAUGUCCUUAUUCGCUGGAGCACUUUUUGGUGUCGUAAGAGGUCUUUUCUUUGUUGUCUUCAAUGCAACUGCUGGGGCAUCUUGCUGCUAUUUUCUGUCCAAACUCAUUGGCAUACCUAUUGUCAACUGGUUGUGGCCUGAAACACACAGAUUUUUCCAGGCUGAGAUAGCAAAGAGGAGAGAGAAAUUGCUGAAUUGCAUGCUCUUUUUGAGAGUAACACCGACACUGCCAAAACUGUUCAUCAAUUUGGCAUCGCCAAUUGUGGACAUACCAUUUCAUAUUUUCUUUCUGGCAACUGUUGUUGGCCUCAUUCCAGCUUCCUAUAUUACUAUUAGAGCUGGGCUUGCACUUGGAGAACUGAAGUUGGUGAAAGAUCUAUACGAUUUGAAGACAUUGGUGGUACUGUUCCUCAUCGGGUCGAUUUUAUUGUUGCCGACUGUAACACCCUGCUUAUCAGAGUAA